UGGCAAGAGUGGAGGCGUUUUGGUCACUCUAAUCAGCAUAUUGAUUUUAUUUUCCUGAAAAUUAUAGAUUCCAGUACGUACACACCAGCUGAAAGGCCGAAUAAGUCUCAUUAUUUAGAUGCAAUAAGUGCCGAGGCGGACAUAAAUCCUCGACAUGGGUGACAACGAACAGAAGGCGCUCCAGCUGAUGGCCGAGGCGGAGAAGAAGUUGACUCAACAGAAGGGUUUUCUGGGAUCGCUAUUCGGUGGCUCCAACAAGGUGGAGGACGCCAUCGAGUGCUACCAGCGGGCGGGCAACAUGUUCAAGAUGUCCAAGAACUGGACAAAGGCCGGCGAGUGCUUCUGCGAGGCGGCCACACUGCAUGCCCGGGCUGGAAGUCGACACGACGCGGGAACCUGCUACGUGGACGCCUCCAACUGCUACAAAAAGGUGGACGUGGAGAGCGCCGUCAACUGCCUAAUGAAGUCCAUCGACAUCUAUACGGACAUGGGCCGCUUCACGAUGGCCGCCAAGCAUCACCAGAGCAUCGCCGAGAUGUACGAGAGCGAUCCUAACACUCUGGCCAAGUCCGUUCAGCACUACGAACAAGCAGCUGACUAUUUCAAGGGCGAGGAGUCGGUCAGUUCGGCCAACAAGUGCAUGCUAAAGGUGGCCCAGUACGCCGCCCAGCUGGAGGACUACGAGAAAGCAAUAUCCAUAUACGAGCAGGUGGCCGCCUCCUCGCUGGAGAGCUCUCUGCUCAAGUACAGUGCCAAGGAGUACUUCUUCAGGGCCGCCCUCUGCCAUUUGAGCGUGGACCUCCUGAACGCGCAGCAUGCCAUCGAGAAGUAUGCGCAGCAGUACCCAGCAUUCCAGGACUCACGAGAGUUCAAGCUCAUUAAGGUGUUGUGCGAGCACCUCGAGGAACAGAACAUCGAGGGAUUCACAGAGGCCGUCAAGGAUUACGACAGCAUCUCCCGGUUGGAUCAGUGGUACACCACCAUCUUACUGCGUAUCAAAAAGGCUGCGGAUGAGGAUCCCGAUCUGCGAUAAAAUAAUCAAUUACACUUUCUGAUGAAGUCGCGUACACAUUUAUUAAAUGCUUUAUUCGGUUCGGAUAUUAACCUACCUACAUAUAUAUAACUAAAAGAAAAUUAAUUAAACGUGUUGCAUUGCUAAACCUGAAAGCACCCAAAAGACAGCCUGCUUAACCGCGUGAAUUGAACUUACUGAAUAGUCCACAUACCCGUAUUCUAGAGGUUAAAUUAACGCUUAUGCAACGAAUGAAAAAUCAGCAGAAGCCACGGUCAUCUUGCGUUACUAAGUGCUAUUCUAUUAAAUCUUAUUAUUUCCAAUAUGGAGUGAUUAGAGGUGUUAUGUUUGCCUGUUUUUGCGUUAUUCUUGUUAUUUGUGUAAGUAGCCAAUCAUUAAGUUAGCUGCUGUUUUAUAUGGAUGCGUAAAAUACCCUAUAGAAAUCCGUAUCCAUACUACUAUAAUAUAUUGAUAUAUUUCAUUCUAUGUGUGUACUGUGUUAGAUUACUUCGAGAUUAAUUAAAAUUUCCCUGGUAGUGAGCGAACAUCAAUUUCAAACAAAUUAUAAUUCGAUUUACUGCACAGAGAAAAUUAAAACAUGCAGUUUUAGAUUGUACGCAUAUACACAACCUAUAAAUAAAAUAUAUGUCCAUAUAAACAUAAACGAUUAUCCCUAUAAAUAUUCAAAAUAGGAAACGGAAUUCAAAUAAAUACUUGAGGGUCACAUUUAUAGGAAAUUCCAUCUCGCAAAAUUUUAAAAAAUGUUUAGUAGAUCAACUUCCUAUAAACAUGUACGAAAAAGUUAUAAUCCAAUAAAUAAAAUUACGACGGAGCAGCGAAGAUUACUCGCUCGGGCGCUAAGACCGAAACAAAAUAUCAAUUUAUUGAAUGAAUAUCUUCAGGAAACACAAUACACAACUAAAACUCACAACACAUUUAAUUAAUACCAAUGCAAGGAUCUAAGUAAUGUUUCUAUGCAAGCAUUACCUUAGAUAUUUCCAAUUAAAAUACUUUAAUAAAGUUACAUGCUUGGAUCAAUCCUGUCAUCCUGUCUUCGUAUCCAACGAUUUUUGUCAAUAUACGCACAACCAAUCCAGCCACA